GGGGCUCGCCUGCGCCCCGGAAGCUGCCCCUUCUCGGGGGUCAAGAUGGGCAGCAAAAUGGCGUCUGCCAGCAGGGUCGUGCAGGUAGUCAAGCCACAUACUCCAUUAAUAAGGUUCCCUGACAGAAGAGACAAUCCUAAACCCAAUGUAUCAGAAGCUUUGAGAUCAACAGGGGUACCAUCUCAUUCUGCAAUUUCACAGCAUUCUAAGGGAAGUAAAUCACCAGAUUUGCUGAUGCAUCAAGGUCCACCAGACACUGCAGAAAUACUAAAAUCAUUACCUCAGAAAUACAGAAGGAAACUUGUGUCUCAAGAAGAAAUUGAAUUUAUCCAACGUGGAGGUCCAGAAUAAUCACUGUGAGCAGCAGUUUGUCAUCAAACAAAAGAACUGACUUUACGAUAAAGGACUUCCAAAAUAACAAAUGAGAAAUUGUAUAUUAAACAACUUUAAUAAAGUAAAAAAAAAAUGAAAUAUAGAAAAUUUAGAUGGACACUUUUAUCUCCUAAUUUAUGUAUCUUGGUCAGCUUCUCCACAAGCUUACCUAAUUGUUUAUAUGCUUUCUACUUAUUAAAGUAUACAUUUUUAAAUGUUAGCCUAUUUACUCUUUUUUGGGGGAGAGGCAGCUAGCCAGUAUGGGGAUCCAAGCCCUGGACCU